AGCGCAUACUUUCGGUAAACAAAAAUAACUCUCCAAAUUGUGUAGGGUGAUUUUUUUUAGUUCAGACACCAUUCGAAAUGGCUGAAGUCCUUGAGGAAUUCAUUACCCUAACGCCCUUGACUUGUGUCCAACAAUGCAAUGCUUUACUAGGCUCAACGUCGGGAAAGCCGAGAAGCUGCUUCGUAUUUUUUACACUAUUUGGCGUAUACUGCGGCGUUCUCAUCUUUCGGGCGUAUCGCACAUAUUCCUCUAAGCAAGUAGGAGACGAGGAGAAGAUAACCGAAGGAGUUACCCUUGAGGCUAAGGCGGAAGAUUUGAACAUAGGACCAGGUCCCAGUCUUGUGCAUGGAUAUGUAGAUCAAACAAAGCCGAUUCUGUUGCAACCCGUCGGUUUUUCCAGUACUGACAUGAGAUGGCGCUAUUGCAACGACUUGCCGGAAGCAGAAUUAGCCCAAGGCUCUGAUAGUGAAAACAGAGUAACCGAAAAAGAUGACAUUGAUGACCUCGAAAGGAUGAGCAAUGUUGUGGAUGAUAAUGAUGUGCAGAAGCCGGUUGCAUCCACAUCGAUGGCAACGGCUCGGGCGCCUGAGGAUAACGCCGAUGGUGAACACGUCGAGCCCACACCAUUUUCGGUGUGAAACACGAUGCAUUUUAGCAAAUUUAUCGUGUGAUUGACAUUGAAAUAAAUCAUCUUUUAAGACCCUUUCAAAACGUA